AUGAACCAUAUUAAAGGUGCAGUAAUUACAGGAUGUGGAAGUGGAGGUAUCGGCCACGCGCUGUCUGUCGAAUUGAAACGUCGAGGGUUCCACGUCAUCUCGACACUCCUGUCCUUUGAAGACCCCAGCCAUCUCGAAGCCCUCGACAUUGAGGUGGUACGGUGCGAUGUUACCAGUGAAGAAGACGUAACUGCCUUGAAGAGACUAGUGGAGAAACGACUUGAUGGGCGCCUUUCCAUCCUCAUCAACAACGCAGGAAUAUGUUAUACGAUGACAGCAACUGAUACCCAGGUUGACGAAGUUGAAAAGAUGUUCCGGGUGAACGUCUUCGGGCCAAUGCGCAUGGUCCAUCAUCUCCAUCCUCUUCUUGUGCAAGCCAAAGGCCUCGUUGUCAACAUCGGUUCGGUCGGGGGAAUUGUGCCCUACGUCUAUGGAGCCAGCUAUAACGCCAGCAAAGCAGCGCUUCAUCAUUACGGCAAUACCCUGCGCGCGGAACUCAAGCCUUUCGGUGUCCGAGUUGUGAAUAUCAUAUCGGGAGAAGUCUCGACCAAUGUCUUGCGCACUGAUCGUUCCAACCAGCGAAAGCUCCCAGAAGAGUCAAUCUAUAGUGUUCUAGCGGAAGACUUUCAGAAGCACAUUUAUCGUACACCCAAAACCAUUACCCCGGAACAGUAUGCCCGGGGUGUGGUCGACCAACUGCUCAAGCCCUCGCCAGCAGCUUGGGUGUGGUACGGCGCGCAGACGGGAAUUGUGCGGUGGUGCGACAUGUUGCUGCCGCGCACAUUCUGGGAUUGGCUUUUCUAUCAUAUGUUCAAUUUCAAAAAAUUGGCGAAUGCUGUCCGAGGUGUGAAGGGAGAUGUCUGA